CAGUCCAGAAAGGACGGAUAGAUAAGCAGCUGCGGCUGGAGCUAAUGUUUCAUUAGCUGAAACGCUUUUUUGUUGUUGUUGUCGUUUUGCCUUUGUUACGAGCUGCUGUAUUCACUAUUAACUGAGCUACUUUUAAGAAUGUGAUGGAUGCCCUAUUGGUAGAAAAAUAAGCUGCAAUAGUUAACCCCGCCUUGCCAGCCGGCAAAACUGAAAGGAUUUCAUAUUAAUGUUGGAAUUUCCUUUUUCUGCCGCUUUUUUUCCUUCAUUGAAAUGAUGUGUGUUUGAACUGCCUCUGCCCGGAACUAGUCGACGCACAGAGCCUGGGUUCUCUGAGUUUUUUUUCUUGCCUCCAUCAAGUGCUUGCUCAUGUGGGGUGUUUCUUGACCAGCUUGUGUGAAGUUCAAUGAGAUAACUUCUGUUGUGACUUGGUGCCACAGAAAUGAAAUUGACUUGACAUGAGGAAACACUCCUGUUAGCACUAACUGUUGGGCCACUGGGUAAGAUGGAGGCGACUGGUGCGUCUACAGAUGUUCUCCUGCAGAAACCAUGGCUUCCUGUUUCCAUUGAUGGCUGCCAACUGCUUGCAAAGAGUUGCUUUGGGGACACAAGGUACCAAAUCCUGCUGACUGACCAGCACUGCGUGUGGGAGGAGACUUUGCACUCGACAGCCAUCCAGAGCCGCGCUCAGGAGCUGAACAAGCGUCUGCAAGCCCCAGUCAAAGCGUUCUUCUCACACCUGUGCGAGUUGGUUCAGCCGUGUCUGUCAGGCAGUAGUCGGCUGCCCAAAGACGAAGCUGGCAUCUCUGUGAUGCAACUGGAUGGCGGUGACUUGAGCUUGAGGCUGAAGAGCAAGCUAUUAGGGCUGCCCUUCUAUUGGGAGUUUCGCUGCACCCCCGCUCCCAUCACUGUGGUAUGUCUUCAUCUGGUUCAGCCCUUGUUGUCUAUGAGCCACGUGCUGAACCGGCAGGUGGAGCAGCUGGAAGGCUUGCUGGCCAGGAAGGAUGCUGAGAUCCAGGACUACAAGGAGAAUGGAGCCACACUCAGCAGAGCACGCCUGCAGACGGACAUUUUUGAGCGGCACAUCUACAAAGGAAGCUUCCUGGCAAAGACUCUUCCUGUGGUUUGUUGUGACCCUCACGGCAUCUGGGACUUUGGAGGAGACCUCCAGGAGCUUUAUACUGCCAUCGUUUCACACGGAAUCAUGCGCAAACGCAAACUGUCUGAGCAGGACCAGUUGGUUGCCACGGGACCUGACCCCACAGCUUCCUCAGCCGCUGAAGCAGGUGCUGAGGGAGGAGAAGCCGACAGCGAACCGAACCACUCUAGUCCAAUGGAGGACGCUGGAGACCACAUGGUCCACACAGCCACGGCACCGCAGCUCGUCACCUGUGGCCGUGCUGAGCGAGUGUCUUCCAAAGCAAAGAAGAAGAAAGUGGUGGGCUUGUUCAGAUGAGCGCCAGGAGAGGGAAAUGCCUUUUUAAAUGCAUGGACAAAUUUAAAUGAAUUACUUUUAGAUAGUUUUGAAUCUUUUAGACUCAAUGUUAAUCCAUUAUUUUAAUGAUUUUUAUCAUGGGAGAUAGGCCUUUUAUCUGAGAUUUCAUAUUUAAAAUAAAUUACUUUUCUAUUGAACUAAACAAGCUUUCAGAUAAAUCUUAUUUGCUGAAUCUGCUUCAAACAAAAAUUCUUAUAAAGAAACUUUAUAAAAAUUUUAUAAAGUUUCUAAUUGGCCAAAACUGUCCAUGAUAGAGUCAAAAGGUACAAUUUGAUGUAAAACAGUGUUGAUAUGGUUAAAGAGCUAAAGUUGGACAUGGAGAAGUCAGGCAAAAAUCGUUACUCUUAGGAAGCUUCAUUACAUUACAUGUGCAUUUAACACAGCCAAAAUGUUUGGGGGGGGUUCACAGAGGGCCAGUAUAGAGAGCCCAGAGGCUUAAAGAACGUCAAAACAAGGAUAAAACUUAAAGGUA